AGGUGAGUGAGAGAUGAGAGAGUGUCUUGAUCUCUUCUUGCAUCUCUUGGUUCUGACGCUCUCUGUGGCUCUCUUCCUUGCUUCCUGCACACUCGGCUGCUCCCUCCAACUACCCAACCAAGAAAGUGCUAGAGGCGACCGCGGCAGCUGAUUCCCAUGCAUGAAGAAGCAACAACACCCUUCCGCCCCUCCCUCUUCUCUACGAUAGGCAUUCCCACACCACAGAGGCAGGGCGCUGGCUGGCACCCGCAGGUGCCAGCAGCACAACAGCACUUGGGAGCACUACGCCUUCGUUUCUCAUUGGUGUUGGUGGCUUGCCUCACCUCACAAAUUGGGCCUCAAAAGCGCAAUUCCAACCCCCCAACAUCCAUGGAGGCCAACUGCGUCACAACCAACGAUGAUGUUGGCCCUUCUCUGCCCAUCCUCCAUCCUUCACAGGGACGCCCCGCAGUCGCAAAGAACUUGCUUGGAAGCCGUCCGCAGCUUCCUCACUUCUCCCCGGCCGGUCGCCUAAACCUCUUGGACACCAAGGGCUCUGGUCUAAAUAUGCAAGACUACGAGUUCACUUCCCGUUCGAACUUGGCGGAACAGCCAAAGAGAUCGCUUCAAGACUGCACGCUUCCGGCAAGCUACAACACCUCGGAGACCUACUCCCACCACCACCUUGCUUUUGCCCUGCCACAUCUGGCUAUACAGAGGAAACUGAAAAUGGUCCUGCAACAAUGGUAUCAUGUUCCAGUUGACGGUGAGUAUUCGAGGGUAUAUACUGGCACGGUUACUCGUCAUCGGACCGUUGUGACACAUGAAACCUAGCGCGGAAGCCUUAUUGGACCAAGUUAUCGAAAAGGAUUUGGGGCUCGGUACGGCCUCCCAAAUCCUGAUGUACUUGUAGGAUACGGAGUACGGACAACAUUGCCAACCCUCGCGUGUAAUCUAUUAUUGCGCUCUAUUGUGACGUCUAUGUGAUCCAAAGCGUGACGAACAGCAGCGACAGGUCCAGCUACCUGUUUUGGGC